ACAAUUCCUUCGACAUUUUCUUUGUGUUUUCAUCUCUCGCCCAUUUCCCGUGAGCUCUUAAUUUAACGUUGCCUGUUUUAAACAAACUGUUUCAUGAUGGCGGAAGACAGUGAAUCCGCAGCCAGUCAACAGAGCCUGGAGUUGGACGACCAGGACACUUGCGGGAUAGACGGAGACAACGAGGAGGAGAAUGAACAUAUGCAGGGUCCGGGAGGAGAGCUGGGAGCCAAGAGGAAGAAAAAGAAGCAAAAGAGGAAGAAAGAGAAGCCGAGUUCGGGGGGGACCAAGUCGGAUUCUGCCUCUGACUCCCAGGAGAUCAAGAACCCUGGUUUGCCCAUUCAGAAGCUGCAGGACAUUCAAAGAGCCAUGGAACUGCUUUCCUGUCAAGGACCAGCAAAGAGUAUCGACGAGGCAGCCAAGCACAAGUACCAGUUUUGGGACACCCAGCCUGUGCCGAAGUUGAAUGAAGUUGUGACAAGUUAUGGACCCAUAGAGGCUGACAAAGAAAACAUCAGACAGGAGCCAUAUUCUUUACCUCAAGGCUUUAUGUGGGACACUCUGGACCUCAGCAAUGCAGACGUACUGAAGGAGUUGUACACGCUGUUAAAUGAAAACUACGUGGAAGAUGAUGAUAACAUGUUCAGAUUUGAUUAUUCACCAAACUUCCUCAAAUGGGCUCUGCGUCCUCCUGGCUGGUUACCUCAGUGGCACUGUGGAGUGAGAGUCUCCUCCAAUAAGAAGCUCGUUGGCUUCAUUAGCGCCAUCCCCGCAGACAUUCGCAUCUAUGACACGAUAAAGAGGAUGGUAGAAAUCAAUUUCCUGUGUGUUCAUAAGAAGCUGCGUUCAAAGCGUGUUGCCCCCGUGCUAAUCCGAGAGAUCACACGGCGGGUGAACUUGGAGGGAAUAUUUCAGGCAGUGUACACCGCUGGAGUUGUUUUGCCUAAGCCCGUGUCGACGUGCAGAUACUGGCACCGUUCACUGAAUCCCAGGAAGCUUGUGGAAGUAAAAUUCUCCCAUCUGAGCCGAAAUAUGACUCUACAGAGAACCAUGAAACUCUACAGGCUACCAGAUAGCAUCAAAACUCCCGGUCUGCGGCUGAUGGAGAGGCGGGACAUCCAGCAGGUCAAGGAGCUGCUCCAUGAAUAUUUAAGACGUUUCCAGCUCGCACCUUCGAUGGGGGAGGAGGAAGUGGCUCACUGGUUCUUACCACAGGAAAAUAUCAUCGACACUUAUGUCGUCGAGGGAUCGGGCGGAGUUCUGACUGACUUGGCUAGUUUCUACACUUUGCCUUCAACUGUGAUGCAUCACCCCCUCCAUAGAAGUCUAAAGGCUGCUUACUCUUUCUACAAUGUUCAUACGCAAACUCCACUUCUGGACCUAAUGAAUGAUGCACUGAUCUUGGCCAAACUGAAAGGCUUUGAUGUGUUCAAUGCCUUGGAUCUAAUGGAGAACAAAGCAUUUCUGGAGAAGCUCAAGUUCGGCAUAGGAGAUGGAAAUCUACAGUAUUACCUCUACAACUGGAAAUGUCCCUCUAUGGACCCUGAUAAGGUCGGCCUCGUCCUUCAGUAGCAGCUCUCCCAGUUGCUGCACUAACACACACAGUUGUCAGUGACCUUAGAAAUACUCUGCCUGGACAUGCAGGCCAUCCAUCUAGACAAAGAGAAACACACCAUAGAAACCAACCUGGUGGCCGUUGGUGGAUUCAUCCAACACUGGUGUCAUCAAGAACUUUCUCUGUCCGCCCGGAGAGGAAAACUCUUUACUUAGUCAUCCUGAAUGUGAAGUCAUGCUAUGCCUGAGAUAUCCAACCCGUACCAAGCUCCUCACCUGCGCUCUCACUUUUAAAACUCCACCAGUUUGACUUUCAAAAGGAUGACUUGUUUUUUUUCUGCCCUCAGCAGACGCAUUAUUGUGAGAGAUGGGCAUGUCAUGUGAUUUCAAGGAACAAUAAGAAGAAAACAUGAACAAAUAUCAACUUUUUAAAAAACUCCUCUGUUAUACCACUGCUCCACAUUUUGUUUUUCCUUUUUCUACAUGUCGGUGUGGUCAGUCAACUGUCUGCUAGCUGUUUAUUUUUUUAUUUUUUAUUUUAAGCUUCAUUAGAAUUACAGAGACUGAAAAGGUGCUUCUGACGCAUGAAUACCCUCACCUUUAACCCAGGAGACAAUUAUAUUUACUAAAAUGUGCCCCAUGCAAAGAACUUGAACAAAUAAAAGCACCAUUCUUUGGUGCUUUUAUUAAAAUUUUGGUUCACAUAUAUAUAUAUAAGAAUAAUAGUUAUUUCAGCAUUUAAAGCCAUACUCGUUCUUGUAUGAGUUUUGAGGGCUAAUCUGAUGCAUUUUCUAUUAAGCUACAUUGAAGUCAGUGAGUUUGAUCACAACAGUUUUUAAAGGAGAAUGUAUCGCAUUAUAAAAGCACAAUUCCCUUCAUUCUUAAGCAAGCAGAUGAUCGUUAUUUAAGCAUUUCAAUUGGAGACAGAAUGAGUUCACGUUUUUCAACCUUUUUUGUCAGUUUAUUCGUAGUUGUCCAACGAGCAUUUCUCGAAUCAAAACAGAAUAGUUUAUUAUUCCCCACAUUAAUUGUCAUUACUCCUGUAAAGCGAUUGAUCAGAAGUGAAAAACCUUUUGCAUACGUUGUAUUCAUCUGCUAUUGCUGUGGAUCUAAAUAAUUCAGUCUAACUCUCAAAAUGAAAUGGUUCAGUACCAGGCGAGUGUUUCCUAACCCUUUUUUUUUUGUUGACAUCUCUGGAUUUUAUUUAUUUUCAUGGUACUGUAUAUUGUGAAACAAUUAAAAAAAAUAAAUGGUAGGUCUUUUUUUUUUAGCUAAAUGUGUGAAAGUUGCUAUAUUUGUAUUUGUACAUUUCAAAAUAUAUUGAGACAUAUUUCUGUCAUAUUCUAAAAUUUGACUCUUAAGCUUCCAGAGUGACUUGAGGGCUCUUGCCGUUUGUGCUUGAAUCAACAGGAUGUUCCUUGACUUCACCAUGUUUCGCUACGCCACUUGUUUUAAGGUGGAGCUGGCCGUUUACUGAAACUGUUCCGAACAUGUUUGCUGGCUUAGUGUUUCUGUUCCUGUGGCUCUGCAGAACUCCACAUGUGAAGGCUGCUGUUUUGUUCGUUUGUAUUUACGCAAUUUUAUUUAUAUCCCUUUACAAUUUAAAGUACAAACUUGUUUUUUUGCUUCAGAAUUGAUUUUUUUUUUGCCAAAAAUGUUGAGGUCAGAUGAGAAGAAUGAUGCUGGCAUUAUUUGUUAGAUGUGUUUUUCUGCAGCUGUUUGAAUGAACUGUUGAGCAUGUGCGUUUUGCUAUACAGUUAAUUUCAGCAAUUGCUUUACCAGUCACAAACUUAUGAGGGACUUUUACCUGAAAAUCCGCCUUAUUUUGAAGUGUUUUUUUUUUCUUUUGCCACUGAGAUGAAGGGGGGAGUUUUUGAUCUGAAAGACAUCUUAACUGAACAACAGUAUUUUUAUUAAAUGCCCUUGUAAGCUGUGAUUAAAACUGAAGAACUCGUACCAGCCUCAUUAAAACGUGAACCCAUAAAAACAAUCCAUUUCAACACAUCGGCUAUACCAGCAUGGAUACCUGAUAAUCUGGUUGAAUAAACUCAUUUGAAAGGA